ACUAGCUUGAAUGUAACGUUAACUUCAACUUGCCAAACUACCAUACGGAAAAGAGACGAUUAAGAGACAAACUGGAAUUACUUACUUUUUAAUGUAACGUUACAUUCAGCUUAUUAGAAGAGUCUUCCAGGAAUCGGAAAGUAUCUUCAAAACUAGGACAGGCUUAACGGUGUUGUGAUAAGCUGCUGUGAAUAUCCAUCAAGAAAUCCGACCAGCCCACCACCACCACCACCAGCAGCAGCAGCAGCACCACCAGCGGACUGUCUCUCUUCAUCUCCCCCUCCUCUCCUCUCCUCCUCUAUAUGUUACAUCUCCAGCCCCUCUCCCCUCCUCGCUGUUUUACGCAAGCGGACGUUCGCGGCACAGCGACACAAGUGCGCACUAACAGGCGGAGAGAGAGGCACGGCGAGGCGGAUACGGACGACGGCAGCGGCGGCGGGUACCGGAGCGACGACGACGCGGCGGUCGGUGGUGUGUCUGUCUGUCUUUUGUGUUGGUCACCGGGCGGACUGGAUGGUGGAUUUGUUUAUUCUCUGGAUUAGGAUCAACUUCGCAUGGGACAAAAACCCGCCUUCUUUUUUCUCUCAUGUCAUCCAGCGAUUUGUUUCGCCCGGCGUGUUGACGCCAGUGGAGAGAGAGGAGAGAGAAGAGGAAGCUAUAUACUGGAGGAGCGCAAAUUGACAGAUAAACGACAUGAAUAUACACGCGUUUCCGUCCACCAGCUGUACAGGAUAGAUGCAAACAACAAUGCGUGAUCUUAAAUGUGAUUUUUAUUCAGGAGCAUAUAAUAUAAUGCGGCUCGGUUUGAACGGAGGAAAAGAUGCUCUGCUGCACGCUUGAGGUUCAUUUUGCACCGUAGGGCAAUGUGUUAUUGACGAAUGGAAUAAUGCAUCGAGACACAACUUUAUUCACAGAUUAUAUCUCAUAAAAGUGCAUUUAUUUGCGAGAGCCUGGCGUGUAGCUCUAGUAAUCCUGUUAUUCUUGAAUAUAUAGCUUCAGUAAACGCCACAUUUUUCUGUCAGCCCUGGAGCCACUGUGCUGCUGUUUUACGGGUUUUUAAACCCUGCAGUCUGUUGAUGUUAGUGCGUUAUGUAGGCUGCAUAAACCCCCUCCAAAUCCCUCAAAGAGCUGUGUCGCCAUAUGAUUGGUAAAUUAUUCUGUGUAGGCAGGCCUAACCUUCUUCUGCUUAUGCAGAUAUACAAUCGAUAGCUGAGAUAAAGACAGCUGUGGCAGGCAGUUUAUACUCUGGAAGUGUCACCGGGGGUGUGUUUUAAAAUCCCUGCAUAUCUAGUUAUACACAUGCCCCAACGCAGCAGCAGAGAGGAGGCUGCUCAGUAAGAGAGGCUGUCAAAACACACUGUGGUGUGUUGGUGGAGGAAAUACCGUUAAAGCAACGUCUUCAAGGAAAAGUUUCAAUGGUUUUCCGAAAGUUGCCCGGCGUGUCGGCAUCGGGCAUGGGUCUGCGCCUGUCCCAGAAAUUCGUCUUUCUGCUCUUUCUGUCGGGUUUGGUAACGCUGUGUUUUGGGGCCCUUUUCUUUCUCCCCGACUCCGUCCGACUAAAGCGCAUUUUCUUGUCCAAGACGGAGACCCAGCCCGUCACGGUGGGCUCCGGGUCCGGGUCCGAGAACGAUGCCAGGGAGCACUUAAAGAGACCCAUCAAGGAGCAGGAGCAGCACCCGCCGCGGGGCAUGACCUCAGCCAAAGGAGAGACCACCAGCAGCAAGCUGAAGAGUACCAGCCGAAAACUACCGGUCCCCCCAGUCCCAGUCGUCUCUCAUGAGACCACCGAGGAGCGGCUCGCCGGGGGGAAAGCGCAGGAGGACUUGACUCUGCCCAGGUCCAAAACGGAGUCCGCGUCGGCGAGAUCCACCUCCUCGGACCACGGUGCCAACUCGGAUAUUUUCAGUUACGACAAGUUCAAAGGAUGUCUGCUCAAACCCCCGCUGGGAAGAGACAACGGCAAGCCGAGCGACCCCCAGACCGACGAGCGCAGGGAGAAAGUCAAAGAGAUGAUGAAGUUUUCCUGGGACAACUACAAGCGCUACGCCUGGGGCAAGAAUGAGCUGCGGCCUUUGACGAGAAACGGGCACAUUGGCAACAUGUUUGGUGGCCUGAGAGGAGCCUCCAUCAUUGACUCACUGGACACACUCUAUAUUAUGGGACUGAUGGAAGAGUAUAACGAUGCCAAGGAAUGGGUGAAGACCAGCCUGGACCUAAACUCGAACGGGGAGGCAUCCCUCUUUGAGGUGAACAUCCGUUACGUUGGCGGGUUGCUGGCGGCGUACUACCUGACAGGAGAGGAGAUGUACAAGGCUAAAGUAAUGGAGCUGGGAGAGAAGCUGCUGCCUGCCUUCAACACGCCAACAGGAAUCCCCCGAGGAGUCAUCAACCUGGGGAGCAGUGGCACCAGUUGGAGUUGGGGCUGGGCCUCAGCUGGGAGCAGCAUCCUGGCUGAGUUCGGGACCCUUCACCUCGAAUUUGUCCAUCUGUCGGAGCUCUCCAGGAAUCCCAUCUACACAGAGAAGGUUAUGAACAUCAGAAAAGUACUGAACAAGAUUGAAAAACCCCACGGCCUGUACCCCAAUUUCCUCAGUCCAGUCAGCGGCAACUGGGUCCAACAUCACGUUUCCAUCGGUGGCCUCGGGGAUAGUUUCUACGAGUAUCUGAUCAAAUCGUAUCUGAUGUCAGACAAGACGGACGACGGCGCAAAGAAGAUGUACUACGGCGCGUUGGAGGCGAUUGAAGCGAACCUGGUGCAGAAGUCUCCCGGUGGUCUCACCUACAUGGCCGAGUGGAGGGGAGGGAUCCUGGACCACAAGAUGGGCCACCUGGCCUGCUUCUCCGGGGGCAUGAUCGGCAUCGGAGCUGACGAUGGAGCGCCGGAGAAGAGGCAACACUACCUGGACCUGGCUGCUGAGAUCACACACACAUGUCACGAGAGCUACACUCGCUCAGCCACCAAAUUGGGACCUGAGGCGUUCCGAUUUGACGGCGGAGGAGAAGCCACAGCAACCAGGAUGGGCGACAGAUAUUACAUCCUACGACCAGAAGUCAUCGAGAGCUACAUGUACAUGUGGAGACUGACCCACGACCCCAAGUACAGAGAGUGGGGUUGGGAGGCUGUUGAGGCCCUGGAACAGCACUGCAGAGUAGAGUCUGGCUUCUCUGGGAUCCGUGACGUUUACACCAUGUCAGCGAGCCACGAUAACAUGCAACAGAGCUUCUUCCUCUCAGAGACACUCAAGUAUCUGUACCUGCUCUUCUCUGAUGACGAUCUUCUCCCACUGGAGGACUGGGUCUUCAAUACGGAAGCCCAUCCGCUGCCCAUCGUUCGCAAGAGCUGCAUGCAGGACGAAGCGAUACAGGAUAAGACAGUCUCCGAAUAAGACUGAACAACAACUGAGACAGUUACAGACACAUUUGCACAGUUCAUGUGCACACACAGAGUCACACAAAUAUUGCAAAACACCAAUUCAAUGCAGGUUCAGAGUCUUUUCAGGAGCGUGUUAUGGACUCUCGAUUCCUUUCCAGUAAAGGAUGUUGUCGUUUUACGCUGUGAUUGUAUAUCCUUUCGCCGGGGUUAAUUCCUGCUGGCACUUCUUUUUUGUGGACAAUCAAGACAAACAUGACUUUCAUGAAAAGAGCACCUUUUUCUUUCCUUCUUUCCUCCGUGAGGAAACCAGUAUAACUUGCAGACCCAAAUGUAAUGGGAGAAGGGUUGAACUAUGGGCCAUAUUGUUAGAAAGAGAGAGAAACGCAUAGAAAACCACUUGAGUUUUGCUCUUUGAGUUCGUUGUUUUGUUGAUCUUAAGUGAUGAAUGAUUUCCUUAUAUCUCGUCAUUGCAUUUUUUCCUUUGUGAGUACACUCUUUGACCAAAGGUUUCUUUGCAUUUCUAUUCCCCCUCUUUUCCAGUAAUGUGUUUUUGGUGAGAAUUGACAGAAAGUAAAAUUUACUAGAAGGCUUGAAUUGUAAUGAAUUAAUGUACAGACAAACACAAAAUGUGAUUCUCGAAAUCCACCUCCUAACUAAUGUUGAUGUCAUGUUUCUUACUGAAACAAGCUUGAAUGAAUUUCUUAAAAGUUCGGGGGUGUCAGGAAAGUGGCAGUGUCUUAUGCAUCCAGGGACCAUUUAAAAAAAACAAACGAUGUUGAGUUUCCACUGUAUGCUUGGGUUAUUUUGUGAACAGGACAAUGCUUUCUCAGUCCUCUCAGCCUUUCCAAUCAAAGUAACAAUGGAGUACUGUCAGUUCUGUGGCUGUAAUACAUGCAUAAAGGGAAAAGAAUACAUUCGCUAGCCAGCUCCAAAUGGGUUUUCCUGUUUCUGUUGUAGUUUUUCUGCUUCACCCUGCCUUUACAUGUGAAUCAUACGGCUGCCGAUACCGAUGUUAAAGGCUGCGAGCCCGGAGAGCGGAGACGAGUUUUCAUUUUCAUCACUGUUCUUUUUCAUCACUGCUGUCCUGCACAGUUUGUGGAGCGAAUGUGCUGUACAUACAGAUGAAGUGAGUGACCCCUGUAUGAGCUUGUCUUGAUUUUAUUUUGUGAUCUUUUCUUUUUUUUUCUAAACUUCAGUGGUUAUUUUUUCUGGGUUCUCUUUUUAUUUGCUUCCCUCAGGUGUUUCAGUAAAAAAAACUAAAAAGUUAUGACUUUAAGUCUAGUUAUUGCUGAUAUUAAUUAUUACUUAUUCUUACUGUUUGAUUUAACUUUCAUUGUUGAAUAUUUUCAAAUACUGAUAAAAAGACCUGUGCAACUUUGUACAUUUAAAACAA